AUUAAGCGCCCAGCGCUUCUGCAGAACCGGGGACCUUUGAAGGCAGAACUGUAACCAAAGCCCUCACAGCUCAUCGUUCACUUCUAAAACACUCCACAAAGUCUCUUCUCAUCAUUCGCUUCUUGCUCAGCCGCUAAAAAAACACCUUGAGAUGGAAUGAUCAUACUCAAAGUUCGGGAGUCAGUCCAACCUUUGUACUCUUGGUUUAUCUGCUGGACCACCACACCAACAACUGCCUCUGAGGAUCUGAUGGUCCUCUGGUGAGCACAGCUCAUCAUGCCGUAUCACUGUGUGGCCUAUGGAUGUGGCAAAACUGCAGAAGAUGGCGUGAUGCUGUACAAGUUCCCCAAAGACCCCGAGGAGUUUCGCAAAUGGGAGAAGCAGGUCCAGCGCACCCGCGUCCACUGGGUGGCCACACCGAACUCUCACCUUUGCAGCGAGCACUUUGGCAAGGAGUACUUUGAAGCCAAAGCACCCUCCGGGGUUCUGAAGCUGAAGCCAGGAGCCGCUCCGACAGUAUUUGUCCGUCCACACUGCUCCAGCUGUAACGGGGUGGGCUGUAGCAGUUGCCUGCCUGCCAUCCAAUACCGGAACAUUGCUGCCGUUUCAAGAGAAUGCAACUCUCCCCAAGAAGACCACAAUGUGACGGAGCCAAUUCCAGACAAUGUCGGCAAAGGCAACAAAACACCUUUCUCAAGAGGCAAACGGCAACCAAGUCAAAAAUUGCCAAGUGAUCAUCCAGUGGUGUGCGAGAUGUGUGGAACGGCCGGCACCGUUGGCACUUUCUUUUCGAAGUCAAAACGUUUCUGCAAUAUAUCCUGCGCUCGCUCCUAUUCCUCAAACUCCAAGAAGUCCUCCAUACUGGCUCGUUUACAGGGAAAGCCACUCUCUAAACAGGCCAUUUUGCUGAAAAGGGUUGAACCUGCUCCAAAACCAGCAGGAGUGGACGCGUCGGCUCCUUUUGAAUGGGGCUCGUACUUGGAGAAGGAAACCUCCGUCGCUGCGUCGGUUUCCUGCUUCAGACACGCUCCCCUGUGUCUCCACUGGGAUGACGUUACCUUAGGGAUGAAAGUGGAGGUCCUGAACACCAAUGCAGUUCUUCCCAGUAAAGUCUACUGGAUUGCUACAGUCAUCCAGAUUGCAGGAUAUAAAGCCCUGUUGAGAUACGAGGGCUUCGAGCACGACAGCAGCCGCGACUUCUGGUGCAGCCUCGUUUCAGGAGAGCUCAAACCAAUUGGCUGGUGCGCAACGACGAGCAAACUGUUGGUGCCACCACAAGAUGUGCCUCAGGCCAUCCCAGACUGGAAGGAGUAUCUCAUGAAAAAGCUGAUUGGAGCCACCACUCUACCUGUCGACUUCUACUUGAAGUUUGCAAACGACCUGAGGAGCUCGUUCAAAACAGGCAUGCACGUGGAGGUGGUGGAUCCCGUGCACGUCAGCCACACCCGCUUGGCCGUCAUCGAGUCCGUUACUGCGGGUCGUCUGAGGCUGGCGUUCACGGAGAAGAAAGACGACAGCGAGAACGCCCCCUCCGAGUUCUGGUGCCACGCCGGCAGCCCGCUUCUGCACCCGGUCGGCUGGUCCAGCAGAGUGGGACACCCCACGAAAAACCCUGAAGGCCGCAUGGAAGCUUCCCACAGCUCGAAGAAUAACUUGGACCAUGAGUCAACCCUCUUCAAAAAGCCAAGGACCGUCUACAUGGAGAAGAGCUUCUUUGAAGAGGGAAUGAAGCUGGAGGCCAUUGACCCCUUCAACCUGAGGAAUAUCUGUGUGGCCACUGUACACAAGGUGCUGUUAGACGGUUACCUGCUCCUGGGGAUCGAUGGCACUGCGAACAGCAGCUCAGACUGGUUUUGCUACCACGCCUCCUCUCACGCCAUCCUUCCUGUGAACUUCUGUAAAAAGAACGACAUCCCUCUCACCGUACCUCCAGGUUACGACCCUCAGACCUUCAGCUGGGGCAAAUACUUGAGCGACACAAACUCUAAAGCUGCACCACCAAGACUAAUGAACGCUGACUACCCGGGCCAUGGCUUCUACCCCAACAUGAAGCUGGAGGCAGCGGACCUGAUGGAGCCACGCCUGGUGUGUGUGGCCACCGUGAAGCGCUGCGUGGGCCGCCUGCUGCUCAUCCACUUCGACGGCUGGGAGGACGAGUACGACCAGUGGGUGGAAUACCAGUCCCCGGACAUCUACCCUGUGGGCUGGUGCGAGGUCACAGGCUACCAGCUCCAGCCUCCCCCUGGGCUCGUUAUUCAAUCUGAUGAACCAGUGGUGCAGCACAAGAAAACCAAGCCCUUCAUGUUUGGGAAAAAGAGAAGGAAAUACGCAAGAAAGAGGUUGUCUCAGGACCAGGCAGGAGAUAACAUAGAUAACACAGAUGAACAGGCUGAACCCAAAGACACUGAAACUGUUCAAGAUCCUCCACCUGAAGUUCCUCUCAUCCAGCCUAAAUCUGAACCUGAAGAGCAGGAAAUUUCCUUAGUGACAGUAAAGGUAGAAGAGAUGGAGAUGGAGACGCCUAUCGAGCCCCCGAGUGAAAUCAAACAGGAAGGAGGACAGCAUCCGGCUGAAGAGGAGAAAAGCUCAGAAGAAGAAAAUAAGUUGUGAAGAAAGACUGCAGAAGGGAAACUUCAAGAUAGCAGAUCUCUGGAAGAGAAGAGAGGAGUAAGGAAAAUCUAGAAGGCUGUACAGAGCUGUUCACUACAGGAGAAGUGGAAAUAAUGGAUUGAAUAUUUGAUUCAGGUUGGAACUGUGGACUGGAACAUCUACAAAUAAUGUGUGGAGAAAGCCCCCCGAGUUUAUUCAAAGUCUGGAUAAAAAGCCAAAUAUUGUUAGUUUACAUUUAGAUCCUGCGGGAUAGAUAUGAUGUAGAGUCCUUGCCUUCUGUGAUUAAGAUUAUAAAAUGUGUUGCUUUGGUGUUAAUGAAAGCCAAAUUGGCAUUUUUGUCCUUGAAGGUGACUGAGAGGGUUAUCUUGCAUUACACAAAUCUUUUUUUUUUUUUGCUUCAAGAUAUUCAAGACACUA